CCAGGUAACCGAUGCUGGACUCCUGAACCGUGGCAGUGUGUGUAUGUGAGGAAGCGAUCAGCGCUGGAACUGUUUCUCUCGUGCUUUGCUUCGAUCAGUAACCAGGGCUUUUGCAAGCAAUCCUGAACAAAUACAAGAUCAUGAAGGAUCUCUGACCUGGAUUUUGGACUCGAAUCUGCCACACAACCUUCUCUUCAACACAAUCUCAAUCUGUCCGUCUUGUACUGUUUGAAAGUGUUUCAACAGAUGGACCACAGUUGUCCGUCUUGUUGAGAGCGUCGGAAUCGAAUAUAAAGUCCGGAAUUCGGUCGAUGGUGGUUUGACCGGACGUUUGAGCGACUCCUCGUUCUCAGUUUUCACUUCGCUGGGGGUUUUUCCAGGAAGAAGUGAGCAUGAAUCCGCUGUGGAAAGUGUACAAGAGCAAGGUGAUGAAGACGCUCAACCCUGACGCAGAGGAAGAGCCUGCUGAAGAGGUGUGUGAGACGGCAGAGGAAAUGACUCCUGUCGAGCAGGAUGAAGGACCCAGUGCUGUGUCGCAGCUGGCGAAAAGAGUACAGGGUGUGGGGACGAAGAGCUGGAAGAGCGUGACCGCUCUGUUUAAUAAAGAUGACGAGCACCAGCUCCUGGAGUCUGAGACUGAGAGUCAGCCCAUACCGGACCACCCACUGGCCAUAAAGCCAGAAGAGCCGACACGACCCAACAAACGUAACACAGGAUUCUGGGACUCCUUCGCCACCAAGUGGAACCAGGGGGCAGCUAUGAAACAGGCUGAAGCAGCGGAGGCGGCCGGUGAGGGCAGAUCCGACGAGAGGAGUCAAGAGGAAGGGCAUCAGGGAGGAGCAGAUAAUACAGCGGGAGAAGAUGGAGGUGGCCAGGGCAACAGCUUCUCCAGAUAUGCCUCUCUGGGUGGGGCAAAUGAGGAUAACCCUGCCUUUAAAUGGAACUUUGUGACCAGCAAGCUGGCCGAGCUGAAGAGCAAAAGCGCGGCCAAGAGCAACUAGCCAACGAUAUAAGAGGACAGAAAUAAAUGUAUCUGUAUCUGGAUUGCUUGUUCUUUCUGAAUGAACCUACUAAGUAAUUAAUCACAAUUUCCUCUUCGGCUUCCAGCUUUACUUCAUGUACUGCUUUAUGACACACACACACACACACACACACUCUUCAGGGAAUUAUGCACAACAGGCACUAUUCAAGCUACAAUCACACAACUAACUACAAAUGUUGUGCAAUCACAACACAAUCCUAAUAGGAAUUUUACUCUAUAGUACAGUAUAAAAUACAGCCCUGUUAUAUUUUUUUUUGCACUAUAUAUAUAUACUCAACCUAGUCUAGUUUCCUUCAAACCAUCUCCUAGAACUCAAUAAGUCAUCAUAGAAGAAGUUAUCGUGUGAUGGUCGUAUAAUGAUAAUUUAGAGAUGGGUUUCGUUGGUUUCGCUGCAUUUUAUUUGACUCAAUUAUCAAAUCGCUGACUUAGAAAUAUACAAUAGGAUAGCUAGCGAAGUUGUAAAUGCGGAUAUUUUGUAGACAUAAACAAAAGAAUUCAAAUAAAUAAUAAAAUAAAAUGGUGGCAUACACAGUGAACACUAAGAGUUUUCUAGUUUUCGACAUAAUAUAACUAGAUAAAAGUUAAAAGUUGCAUAAGGGAAAGGACGUAGUUAUGCUAGCCUGAUGCAUGAUGACCUGAUAUUUCAGAUUUUUUCUACUUUAUUAUUAUUAUUUUUUUAAGCUAAAUAUUGCUCAUGUUCAUGGUAUUGAAGAGUUUAAUGUAGCCAUGAUCGAAUCUCAGAUAUAAAUUAGUGUCUGUUUCCAUUACUGUCACUUUCCUGCCUAUGAUAAAGACAUUUACAAGUAGAUGUAUUAAAAAUUAGACCAAAGCAAACACUGGACACUACAAGCUGAAAUAUCUGCAGGCAAAAAAAAGGGCAGAAAGAAUGCACGAAUUGUCCAGGAGGAAAAGAGGAUCAUUUGAGUUCUGAUUGUUUUCUGCUUGUCCUAUUUCCUGUCUGGCUUCUUCCUAAAUACAGUUUGGUUUAAUAUAUGAAACUAGAGGAUCUGUGUGUGUGUGUGUGUGUGUGUGUGAGAGAGAGAGUGAAAGAGAAAG